AGAUCGCAGAGCUGACCCAUAAAUUCUCAUCAGUGACGUUGUACAGAAACCAGACAGUGAGAUACUCUGCCAGGAUGCAUGCUAUCAUUGCUUGCCAGAUGGAGUUUCAACUUUACCCCAUGGACAUACAGUCCUGCCCUAUAUAUAUUGAGAGCUUUUCAUAUAGCAAUCAGAAAGUAAGAUUCCGAUGGAGCGAAGCUGGUGUCACCAUCAACCCUGAGCUCAAACUGCUGCAGUACCACAUCGGAGAACCGUUGCGCUUGGAGGAGACCAACGGCUUCAUGAUCGACAAAGGUGGUAACUACUCAAGAUUAGUAGUAUACUUUAGAUUUGAGCGUCAGAUCGGCCACCAUCUCAUCCAGACCUUCGCUCCGUCCUCCCUUGUCGUGAUGCUGUCCUGGUUCAGUUUCUGGCUUGACCUGGACGCUAUACCUGGAAGAGUUACCCUGCUUGUUACCUGCAUGUUGACGCUGGUCACCAUGUUCACAGGACUGCGAGCUGAUAUACCACCAGUAGCGUAUGUAAAAGCCCUGGAUCUCUGGAUGGCUGGAUGCAUGAUGUUCGUCUUCGCUGCCCUUGGGGAGUUCGUGGUAGUUAAGGUGUUGGAUAAGCAGUAUCAGAUGAACAAAAGCAAGAUGCAGGAGUCCAUGCCCAGGAUCAUACCAGUGCGAUUGAACGGGGACAAGGGGUCAUGUGGGACCAUAGCGGCGUGGGAGAAUAGUGGCGUGAGGUGUCGGAAGGUGGACCUCACUUCCCCUAUCCCUCCAGCGGCUACACCUGCAGUGCAUCCAGCGCCGUCGGCACCCACGCCGCAUGUGGUGGGGAUGGAAAGGAAGCAGAGCAUACUACAGGUUGCCUGGGUAGACGCCGAUACCGGGCAAGAGCGUGUCCUGUGGAGGGAAAUAGACAAGCUUUCGCGCGUGGUUUUCCCUGCCCUGUUUCUCCUGUUCGUAACCAUGUACUGGCCAGUGUUGUUGCUGAAGACGAAAGCUUCUUCAUAACGAGAAAAGCUUGUGUAGUUUGAUGGUUUCAAGAUUUCAAUUGUGACUAUGAUAAUGUUAAUAGUCAAGUUCCGUCAAUCAUAUUGGUCUAACGAACUUUGUUACUUCGCCGAUGAUUGGAAUAAUAAGGGUCAUCAGUUAUGCCGGAGAAGUUAACUCCAGUAUCAACUAGACACUAAACUUAGUCUUUAAGUUUUAUGGCGUAGAGUACAAAAUGGUACAAAAAUAUAUCUGUGCUUAUAAAAUCUCUUUUAACAAAAACACCAUAAAGCCUUAUAUGUAGACGAAAUGCACGUAUGAUCUCCAUGAUGUAGUAGGAAGUGGGUUCGAAUCUAGUAACUCGAAAUUAGAUGGUAUGGUGUCGUUUGGUGUAAUGUUUAUUAUCAUCAUUUGCGUUUAAUGCUAACGUCAUACUACGGUUAUGAUCUAAUUCAAAUUUUAGCAGAAGAGUUAACAAUCAAUGGAAGCCCUUUCUUCAUUUUAAGAUAAUUGUUAGAUCUACUUCGGAAGUAUGAGUGAUAAUGUUGUUUCUAAACGAGAUUACUAAAUGCGUAUCGCACUCUUAGAACUAAAGUGAUCUGACUCAAAAGUUAUAAUUUCCUGGUUUUGUUUAAACACAAGCUGCCAAAGCAUGCUCUACCCUAUAACGAGAAAAAGACAAAA